CGCGUCGACUGGCCAGAGUCCGCGAGCUGUUCUCUCCAUUCAUCUCUCCUUCCGUAUCAUCCCUCCAUCUCAGGGAACUACAGAAGCCUCUCAUUAGCUCAUCUCACUUUCUGGUUCUGCAUUGUCCCGAUUGGCCAUGGCUUACCACAGCUUCCUGCUCGAGCCAAUCAGCUGCCACUCCUGGAACAAGGACCGGACUCAGAUUGCUCUGUGCCCCAACAACCAUGAUGUCCACAUCUAUAAGAAGGAUGGGACCAAGUGGACCAAGAUACAUGAACUGAAGGAGCACAACGGCCAGGUCACAGGUAUAGACUGGGCUCCAGACAGUAACCGUAUCGUGACCUGUGGGACGGAUCGUAACGCGUAUGUCUGGUCUCUGAAGGGGGAGGUGUGGAAGCCCACCCUGGUCAUCCUCCGUAUCAACCGGGCUGCUCGCUGUGUCAGCUGGUCUCCCCGGGAGAACAAGUUCGCUGUGGGCAGCGGAUCACGCCUUAUUUCCAUCUGCUACUUCGAACAGGAGAAUGACUGGUGGGUCUGUAAGCACAUCAAGAAGCCGAUCCGUUCCACCGUCCUCAGUCUGGACUGGCAUCCUAACAACGUGCUGCUGGCGGCUGGAUCCUCUGACUUCAAAUGCAGGGUGUUCUCGGCCUACAUUAAGGAGGUGGAGGAGAAGCCCGGCCCCACAGUGUGGGGGUCCAAGAUGCCCUUUGGGGAGGUGUUGUUUGAGUCUGGGCUCUCAGCGGGGGCUGGAGAGGGGGCAGGAGGGGGAUGGGUCCACGGGGUCUGUUUCUCCCACAGCGGGAACCGCCUGGCCUGGACAUCACAUGACUCUACUGUGGCGAUCGCAGAGGGAGGCAAGACCAGCACGAUCAGCAGUCUGAGCUCUGAGACCCUUCCUCUGCUGUGUGUCAGCUUUAUCACUGAAAACAGCCUGGUGGCCGCUGGCCAUGACUGCUACCCGGUGCUGUUUGUGUAUGACGGUGCUAAGGGCUCAGUAACGUUCGGAGGGAAGCUGGACGUUCCCAAGCAGACGUCUCAGAGAGGGAUCAGCGCCAGGGAACGCUUCCAGAACCUGGACCGCCGAGCUACCUCGUCCGAGACCACCGAGCAGGGACUGGAGAGUCUGCACAAGAACAGCAUCAGUCAGAUCUCUGUGCUGGAGGGAGGAAAGAUUAAGUGUUCCAAGUUCUGUACCACUGGGAUGGACGGAGGAAUGGUCAUAUGGGACGUCAAGAGUCUGGAGUCUGCCAUGAAGGAUCUCAAGAUAGUCUGAUACUAUGACAUUGACCUUCUGUCAACCAGCCGGGAUAUGAAGACAUCUCACCUCUUUGCCUUUCUGCUUCUCUGCGUCUGUCUGUCUCUGCUGCUGUUGAAGACAACUCCUUUCUGUCUGUCUCUGUUGAGCCUAGCAUCUGCUAGAAGCACGGCAGCCAUUUCCCAGAAUCAACUCCUCUCAGUCUGUCCGUAUAACUCUGCCUGUGGUUCUGCAUGCCAUGUGGACUCGGGUAAAGGAGUUGUCUGAAGCAGCACUAGGCUGUUAGCUAGAUAACAUGUAGCCUCCUCAAUCAGUGAAUAUUACUAUGACUCUGGGACCAAAGACAACAGCUCAAUCCUGUUUCUCUCCCUUCUGUCUGCAGUGUGCAUUCCACCCCCCCUCGUUGUUUUAAAAAGGAUUGGAUGGUGCAGGAUAGGCAGAGUGACUGAGGGAGUAUCUAGUCACCAUAUUACUCCAGUCCUUUUUCUUUUCUAACCGUUAGUGUAGGAGUUCACACUGCAGUGAGAAGGGAGGAGGAAGAGAUUAGGGUUACAGACUGUUACUAUGACAAUGAUGUCUCUGUUCCACAUGGCACCCUAUUCCUUUAUAUAGUGUACUAGUUAGACCAGGACCCAUAGGGCUCCCAUAGGACUCUGGUCAAAGUAGUGCACUAGUUAGACCAGGACCCAUAGGGCUCCCAUAGGACUCUGGUCAAAGUAGUGCACUAGUUAGACCAGGACCCAUAGGGCUCCCAUAGGACUCUGGUCAAAGUAGUGCACUAGGUAGACCAGGACCCAUAGGACUCCCAUAAGGCUCUGGUUAAAUGUAGAGGGUAAUAGGAUACCAUUUGAGACACAUCUUAGUUUUUUUUCUAUCUUCUUUGUUUUAGAAUCCAGGAAAUGCUUGUGAGCGAUGUUCUUCUGUUCCAUCAGGUGUUCUAUACUGAUAGUUGUACCUGGACAUACAGCUGUGCUCUAAUAUACGGCACGAUUCACUUUGGCUUCUGGAAUUAGUUUACAUGGAUUUUGUUUUGGUGUUCACAUGGAUUUGUUGGAUUUACAGCACAGGACCAAGAAAAUAAUUCAUCUAAACUGAUGUUGAGAUUUUUCACUUCAAAUAAAAAAAAAAAACACAUAAUGGACUAAUCCUAAAAGUGCAGUAAAUGCAGUCGACUGUGGUAUUUUGGACGUAGUAAUUGCAGAAUAACUGCAGUUAGACUGCACUCUGACCGCAAUCUUUUUUUCCUAACGGAAAUGAUUCAGAAUUCUAAUUUAAUUUGGUUGGAGGCAGGUGAUUAGUUUACUGUGUGAUGUAUUAUAUCUGUGGUAAGUUGCAGGUGCCUACAGGGUAAAAAAAAAGCCAUUCAACCCGUUUUGAAAAGAUGAAACGGAACAUUCUGCUCCAUUGAACUCCGUUAUCAAGUGCCGAUAUAUUAGAGCGCAACUGUAGCUAUAGGACUUAUUAUAAUAGAAAGCCUCAGAGUGGAACGCUACAGCAGGUAUUUGUAUAAUCACGAAGAAAGCCAAGCAGCAGUACCUGUUAAAUGCUUAUGCUGGUCAUAAUAUGCAUUUAAUAAAUGAUUUACUAUCAUA